GCUCAUUCGACUCGCUGAAGUGCUCGCGUAUAGAUAUCAAAGGCGGCUGGGUCUUUUCGUUUCGUCUUCCGUCUAUCGUUUCUCGGUUGCUGCGAUUGAGUUGGAUGCUGUCGCUCGCGCUUCAACGGCCUACUAAGUGUGUGACAAUUUCCAGAAGUGCGAAGCUCCGGCGGAGUUUGCAAUAACAUUUUUCAGUGGCCCAACUAGUUCAUUAGCAACAAAUGAUCCCUAUUCUAAUGAAGUGACAGUGCAUCAGUACGUGUUAAAGAUCCAGAAAAUCUGCCAGUUCCAGGAAGUGUCCAUUUCGUGUAUCGAUUUCAAUUUGGAACUUCCGCUUUUGUCGGAAUAUUUGCUGCGGCGACAUCAGUUGUGAUUGAGUGAUAAUCAAAUCGUUCGUGAUCAACACCUGAUGAUACUCCCAAAGGGAGAAGGAGUGAGUGAUGAUAAAGUGUGGUGUCUGAUGGUGAUGAUGCGAUUGUGACCAUCAUCGAGCAAGUGCAGAAAUCGGAUUGCAACCUUGGUUAGUGCUGGAGUGAAGAAAAUUUUUGGAGAAGAGGGCCAGUUCAUCGGAUUCAAAAGUCCCGGUAAAUGGAUUAAAGCGGACAGCAUCCACCCAUCCCAUCGUGUCGUAGACUGCAGACGAAAAUGAGGCGAUGAUAUGCUGAGAAUGGUUCGGUGCAUCCGGAGAGGAAAUUGAUUUUUGCCGACGCUCCAUCCCCAUCGAAGCAACACUGCAACCUUCAACCCGGCCUACCAAGAUGAAUUGACGCUCCCUGAGUAGCGCCUACGCAAUCACAAUGGACUUCCUCAAGGCGGUUCAGAAUGGUCAGUACGAGGCGGUUCGGGCGGCACUGUCCAAGGUGGACAUCGACUACCAGGACGAGAAAACGGCCAACAGUGCCCUGCACGUAGCUGUCACGGCCAAACGAAACCGCACCAAGCUGAUCGAGCUGCUGAUCGGAGCAGACGGUGUGGAUUGUGAUUUGAAGAAUAGCGAUGGGUUGACCGCAUCGGAGUAUGCCCUGGAGGUGGGAUGCCGAAGUGUGGCGGAGUUUAUGGUGCGGAAGGAAUUUGAAGGAGUCACCGAUGAGCGAGCGAUUUACGGCCUGGUUCGGAGAGGACAUGUCGAACUCCUGCGGAUGUAUCUGGAGAAGCGAAUGCUCGAUGUGCACACCAGGGUGAAAGUUUUCCGAAGGGUCGUGGAGGAGUUAGGAGUGAAGGGAGUCACAAUCACGGAAAAGAUGAAGGUGUUCUUGGAGUAUCAGUUGGUGGAAUACAGUUACAGAUUCGGAGCAAGGAAGGGGAAAGACAAAGAAGGCGAUCAAGAGGCUGAGAAGCGAGUGGAAUUAAUGCUGAGCUAUACCAAAUAUUUGAAGGAAAAUUACAGCGGAGAUGAUUUGAACGAUCUCGAUGACAGGUUUGUUCUGAGGCUGAGAAUGAUUUGUGAGUGCUGCUACUUUCUGGAGGACAUUGAACGAAGACGAGAGCGGAAGCUAUACAAGCACGUGCCCCUUUCGGAGAUAACCUACUUGAUUGGAGUAUUUUUAGCCAUCUUGGAGAAGCAUGUCGGUUUCGAGAUUUAUAAACUUGUUAUUAAUAAAAAUAUGAUUAUGUCGUACUUGGAGGCCGUGUGUGAAGAGCUGAGAAUGGCAACUUUAGGGGACAGACGGAGGCAAAACUAUCAAUUUCAAUGGACGGCGCAGCUGUUGCUAGAUCUCAUUGCUUGCAUCCGCGAGGAGCGGCUUCUACGGUAUGUGUCACGAAGAAAGCGACGCAACCGAGCAUUGGAGAAAAUUGCAUCGGUACGGGAUGCUAGUGAACUGUGUCAGAUUGAUCAACAGUUGGUAAUGGAUGAAAUUCGUCGGAAAGAAUUCCAAACUUUGAAGGAGGGCGUGCUAGAGGACGGCAAAUGGUGUGUGGCAGAAUUUGUCGACUGUCUUGCGAGAUGCGAGCGGGAAACAAUCGCGAAGAUUUGGCACCAACGGCAUCCGAAGCUCCGCCUCCGAAGGCGACAGGUGCAAUUUGUGACCAGCCGAAAAGAGUUGAGCAAAAUCAAAUCGCGCACCACCGCCGAGCUGAGUAAAAAUAAAAUGAAACUCGUCGAGAAGGAAGUGAGCUCGCGCGAAUUUCAAUCUCUUAGUCGAAUCCAAGUAAGCCGACGGAAUCGAAUCGUUUUUCGCCGGCUGCGGACAACCUUCGAUCAAAUCAAGCAAAUGUACAUCGUAAAAAAGAUCGCCUACUACGUCGAGAACGCCAUCGUCAUUGACAUGGAUGAUUUAGCGAACGAAUCUCUUUGUGUGUUGGCAAUCAAGAGAGUACUUCACCUGAUUAGUGAAUCAAUAAGCAAUUGCCAUCAGCUUCCGGCUUUUGUGCGGAUGUUAGAUAAUGUACUGACGCAUGUGCUCACUUCGGUUAAGCUCUCCGAUAAAAACAAAGAUCUCCGAGAAUUCUUCUCUCAAAAAUACUCCCUGGCCAAGUACUUUUCCAACAAAUCAAUCGACAUGACCCACUACAAGCUAAUGCAGGAUAGCCUCCGAUCGGUGUAUCGAUUCUUUCUGUACGUCAUCAACAUUCAGCUGAUUGAGGCUUACAAAACGUUCCUUGGAACAGCCUACUGUCUUAAGAACCUCGCCCAGAUCAAAUCCUACGCCAAAUACAUCGGCGAUCACAAUCUUCACACACUCAGCCAUAUAAAGUUCGACCACGUGUUCUACAACGAAGACGAAACCGCCACCAUCAUCUACGAGCUGAAGAAGAUGUACAUCGGCAUGUCGAACGAACUGAAGCUGCUGUCAUUCAUCGAGAAGAACAUCCACUUCCGGUUCUACCACAUGCAGUACCACCAGACACGUCUCCGGGUCACGUUGAGUAACUUUGCCGUGGUCUAUCGAGCGCUUCGAGCGAAUCCCUGUUACGACAGCGUGCGUCAACUGCUACACUCCUAUCUGCAUCAGAGUUACCAGAAGUACGACAUUUCGAAAUCGAUUUCCAUCUCGGACUCCACUCUGGCCCUGAAGGAACUGCUGCGACCUUACAGCAGCAUAGGCGGUGAGACGGAAGAAACUCUGAUGGUCGUCAAAUACCUGGAACAGCUGCAGGAGCUGAUGGAUCCUGACCGGCUCUUUGGCAUCAACCCUGUGCGGAGGCGGAAGCAGGCGACGGAACCAAGUGGAAAGUAUUUACAGUUCACGAAGAAGAUCGUUCAGGACAUGAAAAUUCAGCUGAACGACGAAGAGCUAGGACAAUUGCACGACAGGCUGCGGAAGACUUACUACGAGAACAUCUUCCUGCUGCAGAACCGAUACAAGGUGGUGCAGGAGUUUCUCCGACAACGAGGAGUUCAGGUGGACACUAAGAUGAUAGCCGAACAUAGAGAGCGGGAUGAAGAAAUGCUACAGGAGCUGUUCGAUUCGAAGGUGAACGAUAUGAUUGCUGUGUUGGAGAAGUUCGAGUGCUACAGCGUGGAUGGCGUAUUGGAGGCGGUAGGAGAGCUUCCGGCCUCUGUGCAGAUAGCCUUGGAGUACAGUUUGCUGGAGUUGCUCGAAAUAUUGAUGUCGGUCAAUGGCUUAGGAGUCGGCAACGGAGGAAUGUUGCGAGGAUGCGCACCAGUUUUGAGUGCGAGGAACUUGAGAAAUUAUUUGGCUGAGGAUUCACUUGUGAUGGAUCUUUUAGUAUUUAGUUCGACUGGUACGGUGUAUCUGAAUGCUUUGGUCUUCAAGGAGUUUGGAUUUCGAUUGUACGGAGGAGGCUUUCAAAUACAGGAGGCUCCUAUGGAGGUGACGAGCUUUGAGGAUCGGUGUAGGGAACGAUGGAAGUGGUUUGAAAUGCAGGAGGUAUUGUACGACUCGGUACGUAAGAGUGAUCUGACGCUGCUCAAGGAGAAUGUGAGGAAUGGAUCUGAUCUGCGAGGGAAGCGCUUUGGGCCAUUGAUUCAGAAGGAGCUGUGUCAGUACAGUUUGAUCGAUUGUGCCAUUGCAGGAAGCUUCAAGGAUAUGAUCGACAUGCUUAAUCGAGAUUACGAUGAGAUUGAAGAGCCUAGGAAGCGACUACUGGAAUAUCUGCUAAGACGCACCGUCAGCUCACAUUUCAUUGUUGGACAAUACUGCAAGCUAACGGCAGAGGAUCGCAAGAUACUGGUUCUCUACUUGAGCGUAUUAUUGGGAGUUGUGAGUGUGUUCCUUAAAAAUCUUAUUCGGUAUGAUGCCUACGAAGACUUGCACUUAUUCGUCAAUUCGGAAAACCACGAAUUCAUAAGUAAUGUUCUGCUACAGUUGCGAAACAUCGAUUUCAACAAAAGCGACUCGACAGGAAUGACCAUUCUUCUCAAAGUCGUUAACAGUGGCAACUUGAGAGCAGUUGAAACUUUGACCCAGACCGAAAGAGUUGAUCUGAACGCAACAAGCAGCAUGCGGUACUCUGCUAUCAACUUGGCAUGUAGAUUGAAUCUGAUAGACAUCGUUAAAGUACUGGCCAAGUCCGGCGCAGAUUUGAACGUGAUGAGCGAAGACGAGAAGCUUCCAGUAUUCUGGCUGAUCCAGUAUCAGAAUUCGAAAGAAGUUGUUAGUUUGGCGAUCGACUCAAGCACCGAAUUGACUUCAUUCUCAAGCGAGCUGUGUCUGCUUCACAAAGCAAUCGAAUUUGACAAUCUGGCCGUUAUCCGUUAUUUGGUGGAGGAACAGAAGAUUGACCCUUACAGGAUAUACUCGAACUGUAACAACGUUAUCCAUGCGUCGACAAGCUACAACCGAGAACGGAUAUUGAAUUAUCUUCUAUCCCUUCCAGGGAUGAUGAAACUCAUCAACAACACAAACUUAGUUAAAAAUACCCCACUCAACAUAGCGUGUAAAGAAGGUUACAUUUCGCUCGUCAAAACACUUCUCAAAUAUGGCGUAUCUACCGACACCUGCGGAGAGUACGGACUCAACGCCUUGGCGUUCGCAAUGUACACAAACAAUUUCAAGUUGAUGAAACUUUUGUUCGAGCAUGGCGCCAAGAUCAGCUACCCGCUCAGUUCAGACUUCCAACCCAUCAACAUGGCGAUCCUCAAUCGGAAUAUCGCGAUGCUAAACUUUCUGCUGAAGAAUGGCGUCGAUGUCAACAGCGCUCCACUGUGCUUCAUCAACGCCGUCUAUGCUCAAUCGAAGGAGGCCGUCCGGGUCCUAGUAGGCGCCGGAUCCAAACACAUCAACCACAAAGACGAGUUCUGCCAAACUGCGCUGCAUUUGUGUGCAGAUCGUGACGAGUAUGAAAUCGCCCGAGAGUUGAUCCGUUAUGGGGCGGACAUCAACGCGAAGAAUCGCUCGGGAACAACUCCGCUCCAUCUGGCGGUAUCGAAGGGAAACGUUCGAUUCGUUCAGCUGCUGUUGGACAACAAAUGCUCCGUGGACGAGCUGAACUUCCACGGCGAAACAUCGCUGAUCAAAUCGGUCGUGUGCAAUAAUUUAGAAAUAGUAAAAAUCUUGCUCAACAACGGUGCCAGCGUGGAACGGUUACGAACCAGUGAACCGCCGGUCUUGCUCUACCUGGUGCAGGAAAAUUACGAGGAGAUUCUGGACUAUCUGCUCGAGCACUAUCAGUUCAACGCGGACGAACAAGACGCCUAUGGAAAUUCGCUGCUAUACGUUGCCACGCAACGUAACCAUAUCAACAUCGUGAAGCUCCUGGUUGACAAAUACCACGCCAAAACCAAUCCAGUGAACAACAAGAAAGUGACACCGCUGAUGAUUGCCCGUGUCAAAGAGUACAAGGAGAUCUUCAGCUUCCUGGAAACGCGCGUUGCUGAGGAGUAGUAGGCCAAUUGUUUUUAUUUUAGUUUGUCAUAAUGUAAAACACAAUUAAUUAGCACUAUUUAUUUGAGAGAAUUUGUUUUCAACUUUUAGUGUCAGCCCGAGUAUUUAUUGUAGGAAAUGGAGAAGAAAUCGAUUUAAUGUGCCAUAUCUGUAAGAGAUUCGGUUUUGUUUUUGUUUUGUUUUAUAUUUUCCCGUCUGAAAGGAGCGUAGGAAAAUGGCGUCGAUAUUUGUGAAAUGUCAUCCUAGAUGAUGCACGCUGUUAGUAAAUAAGAUACUCUGUGAAGCCUAGUUGUGAUUUGGUAAAACUUUUAUUUCAAAAUAAGCAUAAAAUCUAGAAAAUAGUCCCCUGGUACGGAGAUUACAAUACUCACCUUAGGCGUGUUAAGGCAAAUAAGUACUGUAAAUACAUAAGCCAUGAAUAUUGGUAGGGGUAUCGAUGUUGUGGCAUCCACGUAAUAAAAAACAAAAUCCAACAAUGUAAAGAGAAUCGAUUUGUCCUGAACAUUCCAGCAAACAGUUCAAAAUAGAAACACUCUUUCCCACAAACAAAACAUCGAUUCAAACGUCGUGUAAAGGCAAAUCGAUUCAAGGCACAACAGUAAACCCAUUAUCUUUGUCGUUAUCGUUUGCAAAAGUACCCCUCGAAGAACAAGCAAUGCAAUGGAGAAGCAACAUGUGCCAAUUUUGUUUUUAAGCUAAUCAUCUAUGCGGUUAAGUGUUGGUGCCUAGCUCUUAAACACAUUUCUGAUUUCUUUCGUACCAAACCUAGAUUCAACUGUGCCGUAGAUUUUGUCCCAUACAAACCCGAGAUACAAACCGUGUGCUAAAUGAAAACUUAAUAGAAUAAUUUAGUUUGUUAGUGGAAGCUGAAUGGAUUUACUACGUUCAAAUCUUAUGUACCUUUCUUAAUUAACUUUUAAAAUCAAGCAUCCACAGAAUCAACAUCCCGCACUGUAUGUAAGCCCAUAUACCUUAUCAUAUGAAUAAAAAGAAAGCAGUGUUUGACUUUAGUGAAGCAAUUGCAAACAAAUCGAACCGAAAUCUGUCGUAAUCAUUUGUAAAAAUCAAACCAAAUAGUAGCGAAAAUGGUGGAAGUCUGUCACGCAAAAUUGAGUCAUACAUUGGAUAAUGGAAAACACGUAUUUAAACCCACAAUACACACACGUACUUUGUCAUAUUAAUGGUACAAAUAAACUGUAUUUUUUGCGCAUUA